AUGAUUGGCUUCGCUGCUGGUUCUGGCUUCUUGCUCUUCGGUUACGACCAAGGCGUCAUGAGCGGCCUCUUGACACUUCCGAGUCUUGUACAAGUCUUCCCGCAAAUUGAUACGACUAGCUCGGAGACCUCCAAGGCGUUGCGAUCGGUCUUUACGAGAGCUUCUUCGUUUUCCUUAGGGCAGCUGAUCGCUGGUCGUAUCAUCACCGGUGUCGGUAACGGCAUGCAUAUGGCGACCAUCCCGAUGUGGCAAAGUGAGUGCUCGCCUCCCCACAAACGCGGCAUGCUGGUCAUGGUCGAAGGCCUUCUUAUUUCAGGCGGCAUUUGCUUGGCGUACUGGAUAGACUUUGCCUUCUUCUGGGUGGACCCUGUCUCCAGUCACACAACAUACGACCUUAAUGACUACCCGCAUCGUUCGGCAUCUUGGCGGGCCCCCAUCGCGUUCCAGGUCCUCCUCUGCCUCCCUACUUUGAUCACCAACCACAUGCCCGAAUCUCCGCGAUGGCUUAUGCUCAAGGAUCGUGAAGACGAAGGGCGGCGGGUCAUGGCUUCCCUUGACGAGCUGCCGCUGGACGAUCCCGAGAUCGAUUUCAAGAUGCAGGAGAUCCGGAAGUCCCUCGUCCUUGCACAGGGCGGCGGACUGAAGGAUAUUUUCAAGCAGGGCAAAGAGAAGAAUUUCCACCGCAUGGCCCUCGGGUUCGUCAAUCAGAUGUUCCAGCAAAUCUCCGGCAUCAACCUCAUCACAUAUUACGCCGCUACCAUCUAUGAAACAAAGAUUGGGAUGUCGCCGCUCAUUUCCCGCAUCGUCGCUGCAUGUAAUGGAACUGGGUCCUUCCUCGCUUCUUUCAUGGCCCUUUGGACCAUCGAGCGAUUUGGGCGCAGGAAGCUGAUGCUGAUCGGCGCGGCGGGUCAAUGCUUGUGCAUGAUCGUACUUGCUAUUUGCACCUCGCCCGCUGCACUCCAACCGGAGGGAGGCAAUCCACAAAAUCCAGCGGCCAACCACGGGCCUGCCUACGUGGCUGCCUUUAUCUUGUUCUUCGAGAGUUUCAACGCGCUCCGCGAACGGCAUCGGCGCGCAAUCGCUAACUGGAUCUUUAACUUCAUCAUCGUCGUCAUUACUCCCAUCCCCUUCGCCAACAUAUUCUAUAAGACCUACAUCAUCUUUGCCGUCAUCGACGCCGCGAUCACGGUGACGACCUACUACAUCUUCCCCGAAACCGCCACCCGGUCGCUGGAGGAGAUGUCAGAAAUCUUCGAGCACGCCAGCGUCUGGAACCCGUACGACGUUGUCCAGAUCGAAAGGCGGACGCCGCGCCGGUAUGACGCCGACGGCUGCCUUCUCGCCCGACGGGCUAGUUCCCCGUCGGACGAGGAGAGCUCGGCCCGGAGCUAUGAAGUGCGGGAGAAAACGAGGUCGUUGAAGGUUCUUGAACGAAGCGGUAGCCGCGACGGAACCGAAUCGUUCGACGCUUCGGAGACAACGUCGAACAUCUGA